AUGUCUCUCACAGCAGCACAAAGGGCCAUUGUGCCUGCAGCGCGCGCGGGCCUGUCCGCUUCGGCCCGCGCGACGUUUUCUUCCCGACCCCUCGCUGCAGCACUCGUCUCAGCAGCGUCACACGCACCAUCAUCAUCACCAUCACCAUCCCCCUCAACAUCCGCUUCCUUACCACAACACGCCCGAUUCUCCCCACCCCAAACCCGCGCCUUCCACACCACCCGACCAAAUGCCAUUUCCACCCCCGGCUCCGGCGCGAUGCCGCCGACCUACUUCCAGAAACCCCCCUCGCUGCCGAUGAACACGAUCGUGCGGUUCGUGCCGCAGCAGACAGCCUGGAUCGUCGAGCGCAUGGGCAAGUUCAACCGCAUCCUGCAACCGGGUCUGGCCAUUCUGAUCCCCUUCCUCGACCGCAUCGCCUACGUCAAGUCGCUCAAGGAAGUGGCUAUCGAGAUUCCCUCGCAGAGCGCCAUCACUGCAGACAAUGUUACGUUGGAACUGGACGGCGUGUUGUACACGCGGGUGUUUGACGCGUACAAGGCUAGCUACGGCGUCGAAGACGCAGAAUACGCCAUCUCCCAACUCGCGCAAACAACCAUGCGCUCCGAAAUCGGCCAACUGACCCUCGACCACGUCCUCAAAGAGCGCGCCGCCCUCAACACCAACAUCACCGCAGCCAUCAACGAAGCCGCCCAAGCCUGGGGCGUCACCUGUCUCCGCUACGAAAUCCGCGAUAUCCACGCCCCGCGUCCCGUCGUCGACGCCAUGCACCGCCAAGUCACCGCCGAGCGCUCCAAACGCGCCGAAAUCCUCGACAGUGAAGGCCAAAGACAGAGCGCGAUCAAUAUCGCGGAGGGGCAGAAGCAGAGCGCGAUUUUGGCGAGUGAGGCCGUGCGCGCGGAGAAGAUCAAUGCGGCGGCGGGUGAGGCGGAGGCGAUUUUGUUAAGGGCAAGGGCGACGGCGGCGGGGAUUGAGGCGGUGGCGAGGUCGAUUGCGGACGGGCGGGAUGCGGCGCAGGGCGCGGUGAGUUUGUCGGUUGCGGAGAAGUAUGUGGAUGCGUUUGGGAAGCUGGCGAAGGAGGGUACGGCGGUGGUGGUGCCGGGGAAUGUGGGGGAUAUUGGGGGGAUGAUUGCUACGGCGUUGAGUGUGUAUGGGAAGGUCGGGGAUGCGCAGGCUAAGACGAUGGCGAAGGAUAUUGUGGCUGGGAAGGGGCAGGUUGGUAUUGAGGGUGGGAAGCAGGCCAAUGGGGUUGCGGAUGCGCCGGUGGAAAAGGAUGUGUAA